UUGGCACAAUUUAAGGAUGAAACCUUCUUCAGGGGACACGGUGCUGGUAUAAAAGCUGCCAUCGGUAGUCCGAGGAUCUCAGUUGUCUCCGAUAAGAACGUAGUGAUCAGUCGCGUGUGCCGUUUGUUGGAGCCAAACCUCUCUCGCAGUCUCUCUCUCUCUCUCUCUUGCUCCGAAUUUAUUUAUCUCGUGUAACACUCUCACACUGCCAACAUGUGCGACGACGAUGCUGGAGGUCUAGUCAUUGACAACGGUUCCGGUAUGUGCAAGGCGGGCUUCGCCGGAGACGAUGCCCCGCGUGCCGUGUUCCCGUCGAUCGUCGGCCGCCCCCGGCACCAGGGCGUGAUGGUCGGUAUGGGUCAGAAGGACGCCUACGUGGGUGACGAAGCGCAAUCCAAACGAGGUAUCCUGACGCUAAAAUACCCGAUAGAGCACGGUAUCAUUACCAACUGGGACGACAUGGAGAAAAUCUGGCAUCAUACGUUCUACAACGAGUUGCGUGUGGCACCGGAGGAGCAUCCGGUACUGUUGACGGAAGCUCCACUGAAUCCCAAAUCCAACCGUGAAAAGAUGACACAGAUUAUGUUCGAGACGUUCGCCGUUCCGGCCGCGUACGUUGCUAUUCAGGCAGUGCUGUCGCUGUACGCCUCCGGUCGUACCACCGGAGUCGUUUUGGACUCCGGAGAUGGUGUCUCGCAUACCGUUCCCAUCUAUGAAGGUUACGCACUGCCACAUGCCAUCCUCCGUAUGGACUUGGCCGGUCGUGACUUGACCGAUUAUCUGAUGAAGAUCUUGACUGAGCGGGGUUACUCCUUCACAACCACUGCCGAGCGUGAAAUUGUUCGCGAUAUCAAGGAAAAGCUGUGCUACGUCGCCCUAGAUUUCGAACAGGAGAUGCAAGCGUCAGCAGCUUCUUCCUCUUCGGAGAAAUCCUACGAAUUACCGGACGGUCAGGUAAUCACAAUCGGAAACGAACGUUUCCGCGCUCCGGAAGCUCUCUUCCAGCCAUCUUUCCUGGGAAUGGAAGCCUCUGGUGUUCAUGAGACGGUGUACAACUCGAUCAUGCGAUGCGACGUUGACAUCCGUAAGGAUCUGUACGCCAACAGUGUCCUGUCCGGUGGUACCACCAUGUACCCAGGUAUUGCUGAUCGCAUGCAGAAGGAGAUCACCUCGCUGGCACCGUCCACCAUCAAGAUCAAGAUCAUUGCCCCACCCGAGCGUAAGUACUCGGUCUGGAUCGGCGGCUCCAUCCUGGCCUCGCUGUCCACCUUCCAGACGAUGUGGAUCUCCAAGCACGAGUACGACGAGGGUGGCCCGGGAAUUGUACACCGCAAGUGCUUCUGAAGAGGGUCUGCAACUGUCUGCGACGCGCGUUCUGGGCGGUUUUGUUUUGCACUUCUUUUUUUUACUGUUUAACUUUUUUUUCCUUUUGAAAAUAUAUUUCGUAUGCUGCUAUUUUUAAGAAUGACA